UGCGGGGUGCGGCUCCCACCCAGAGUUUGGGGUCCUGUGCUGGGGUCCCCCCGCAGAUGGAGAGCUGGACGCGGCAGGACCAGAAGCUGCUGGAGGCGGUGACACGCGGGGACGUGGCCCGGGUGGCCGCGCUGGCCGCCCGCAAGGCCGCCCGCCCCGCCAAGCUCAACGCCAGGGGCCAGUCCGCGCUCCACCUGGCCGCGGCCGGGGGUCUCACCGAGUGCCUGACGCUGCUGCUGGAGCACGGAGCCCCCGUCAACGAGACGAACGAUGACGGCAGCACCGCCCUGCACUUGGCCACCAUCGCCUGCCAGCCCCAGUGCGUGAAGGUGCUGCUGCAGCAUGGAGCCAACGAGCGCCACGUGGACGGCCAGAACCGGACUCCGCUGCACUGGGCCGCCUCCUCGGGCUGCGCCUCCAGCGUCCUCCUGCUCUGCGACCACGAGGCCCCACUGGAUGUCCCCGACACCCACGGCCAGACCCCCCUGAUGCUGGCGGCGCUGGGCAACCAUGUGGCCGUUUGUGCCCAGCUCCUGCGGCGCGGGGCCGAGCCCGGGCUGGCCGACAGGGACGGCAGGACAGCGCUGGAGCUGGCCCUGGCUCACAGCAGCCUGGAAGUGGCCGAGCUGCUGCAGGGCCACCAGAGGGACAAGAAGGACACCGGGAAUGUCACCCGGAAUGUCACCGGGAAGGCUCCAGGUUGGGCUCUCCAGAAGGUCCCGCACUGUGGGAGGAGAGAGAAUGGUGCUGGACAGGUGGGAAUCCAGGGUGAGGAGGAGGAGGAGGAGGAGGCUGAGGAGCAGCGGGACGGACGCGCUGCCCGGCGGCUGCGGGAGGAGCUGGCGAGGAAGACUCUGGAAUGCCGGCGGCUGGAGGAAGCUGCCGAGGGCAUCCGCCGGCGGCUGCGGGAGCUCGUGCGGCUCCUGCCGGGACGGGACGCGGCUGAGGAUGAGGAGGAUGAGGAGGGUGAGGAGGAUGAGGAGGAUGACGGCGCCUGCCUGGAGCUCCUGGCCCGGCGCGUGGCGGAGCUGAGGAAGAGGACGAGGGAUGAAGAGUGGGAAGGAGGACAAGGCAGCGCCGAGGCUCCGGCGCUGAUCCCGUUCCUGGCCUGGCUGGGAGAGGAGUGCUCCAAAAUGCGGGAAGCGAAGGCCGGCGUCUCCUCGCGGAGCCAGGAGCUGCGUCGGGAAGCAGAGGAUUCCCUCCGGGACGGGGCCUGGGAGCAGCUGGCGGCGGGGCUGGAGCAGGCGCUGGACCAGCAGGACCAGAUCCACGCCAGGAUGCUGCAGGGAUCCCAAAUCCUCCUGGAAAAGCUCGGGUCGGAGCCGGCGGUGAACGGCGCGGAGAAGAGCCGGGAGGAGAUGCCGAGGGAGGGCGGGAGGAUGGAGAAGGAGCUGCUGGAGCUGCGGGAGGGCAACGGGAAGCUCCUGGUGGAGCUGGCGCGGCUGGGCCGGGAGCGGGAGCGGCUGCAGCAGGAGCUGCGGGAGCUGCGGGAUCCCGGGAAGCGGGACGAGGCGUGGCGGCUGCGGCGGGAGCUGCGGGCGCUGCGGGACGGGGUGGGAGCGCGGGUGCGGGAGGCGGGAGGCGACGCCGGGGCCGGAAUUCUGCGGGACCUGCACCGGCGGCUGGACGCGCUGGUGCGGUCCCAGCACGAGGCCCUGCAGCUCCUCACGGAGAUGGAGGGAGAGGCCGGAGAAACGCCCGGGAGCGGCGGGGAGGCCGGGGUACCGGCAGAACCGGGAGCGGCGGCGGCCGCCGGCGUGCCGCUGGGCCCGGAGCGCGGCACCGCCGGGGUCCCACCGGGCUCGGAGGCGGAGCGGUGGCGGGAGGCGGCGGCGGCGGCCGAGGAGCGGGCGGCCGGGCGGGAGCGGGAGCUGCGGGAGCUGCGGGACACAGCGGAGGGGCUGGAGCGCAGCCGGGCAGCGCUGCGGGAACGCGCGGCCCGGCUGGAGCGCGCCUGCCGGGACAAGGACGGGAAGCUGAAGCAGCUGCUGGCGGAGACGGAGAAGCUCUCGGCCGAGGUGCUGGGGCUGCGGGGCCGGAGCGCCCGGCUCCAGCUCCAGCUGGAGGUCCAGCAGAAGCAGCACCGGGACACCGUGGCCGUGUACCGGAGCCACCUUCUCCAGGCUGCCCAGGGAUUCAUGGACGAGGGCGUCCACGCCGCGCUGCUGCGGAUCCUGCGGGCCGAGGCGGGAGGGGGGCCGCGGCAUUAAAGUGGGAAACCGCGACACA